AUGGCGCUCGUGCCCUGCCAGGUGCUGCGAGUCGCCAUCCUCCUCUCCUACUUCUCCAUCCUGUGCGCGUACAACGCCAUUGACAUGCCAGCGCAUCAGACCUAUGGAGGGAGCUGGAAAUUUCUGACAUUCAUAGACCUGGUUAUCCAGGCUGUCUUUUUUGGGAUCUGUGUAUUGACUGAUCUCUCCAGUCUUCUCACCAAAGGAAGUGACAGCCAAGAACAAGAAAGACAGUUAAAAAAGCUCAUUUCCCUCCGUGACUGGAUGAUGGCUGUUUUAGCCUUUCCUGUUGGAGUUUUUGUUGUGACAAUGUUUUGGAGCCUCUAUAUCUAUGACAGAGAAAUGGUUUACCCAAAGCUUCUUGAUAAUUUUAUACCCUCUUGGCUGAAUCAUGGAAUGAGCUAGCAGCCCAGCUAGCAUGAGGGAGCAAGGAUACAGCCUGACUAGAGAAGGGAGAAGAAUUGAAUGCUGGUGGUGCAAAAUCUGUUUCAAAACCGUCCCCUCCAAUAGCACAAAGUCUCCCUGCAAGACUCCUUUCUGCAGGGAAGGAAGCAAAUACCCAUAUCCAUGUACAGCAUAGCACAACUGUCUGGGAGCAUUAUGGUGGUCUUUUAUUUUCACUUUGAUCCCAAGUAUGAAAAAGCAUGAUGUAGCUAUUAAAGGACAGGACUGAGCUCCAGGAAGCCUUGGAUCUGUUCUUGACUCUGCUACUGAAUUACUGGGUGAUCUUGGAAAAGUCUUAUUGGGCUUGAACCUGCUAGGUGCUAGCGCCCUGAACUCCCAUUGAAGUCAGUGGGAGUUGAGAAUGCUCAGCAUUUUGCAGGAUCAAACCCUUAAAACUUUUUUGCCUUAGCUUGCCUGCCUGUGAAAUGCAGAUAAUAAUACUGUCAUACCUACAUAAUGGGGUCCUGUGAGUCUUAAUUAAUGUCUGUAACACCCUCAGAUGAAACCUAAUAUAAAAGUCAAAAGUACUGUUAUUUUUGUAACAAGGUGUGACAAAUAUUGGUCACGGAUUGUGGCAGGAUACCAGAACUGAUGAACCAAUGGUGUGAUCCAGUUCCCUGUAGGGUAUACAUGACCUAUGUUUAAAAUGAUAAAAUUAUCCAUGGAUUUUAUACUAAGGUUAGCAUUGCCAAUAUCUCAUAAAAUGCUUCCGAUUGACCUGGUCCACGUGCACUAUGGCAGCAGGCUAGGAUGAGUGCAGAAUGGGAGUUCUUCUUCGAGUGAUUGCUCAUAUCGAUUCCAAUUAGGUAUGUGUGUGCCACAUGCACUGUCAUCGGAAAGUUUUUCCCCUAGCAGCACCCGUCAGGUCGUCUGUGGAGCCCCCCAGAGUGGCGCCUUCAUGGCGCUCAAUAUAUGACCCUGCCGACCCGGCGCCUCCUCAAUUCCUUCUUACCGCCAGUGACGGUCAUUGGAACUGCAGUGACUUGCUUAGCAAGCUCUCCUCAUUUUCCCUCAUUUUCAGUUUAGUUUUGUUUACAGUUAUUCCUAGCCUCGUUAAGUUUAGUUUUAGUGUUUUUGGUUGUUACAGCAGAUAGCUGUUGGGAGGGGGGGUAUUCCACUUCACGUCAACCUCGUUCCCCAUUGGGACUUGGGGUAUGCCUAAGUCCCAAGGGUUCAAACCCUGCAAGGCCUGCAACAAGCCCAGGCCAACGGGCGACCCCCACGACACUUGCUUAAAGUGUCUGGGGGAAGCACACCAAGUGGACAAGUGCAGCAUUUGUAAAGGGUUUUGCCCCAGAACAAAAAAGGAGAGAGAAUUUCACCUCAGGCAGCUCCUUAUGGAGAAUUUCCCCUCAAACAGCACUUUGACCGCAACCUACAUCGGCGCAGCAAGACUCGGCACUGAGCUCAUUGGUGCGCAGCAACGUGGCAGCAGUGGUAGAAGCAGCACCACGGAAGGACUCAGGGAGAGACCCGCGGCGGCACUGAAACCGUCAGGAUUCAUCCGGCACCAGUCCCGUUCCCCAACGCAGAAGCAAUACCAGAAGCAGGGGAGGAGUGGAUCUAUGAUUCCAAGACCCACCCCUUUGGAGCCGGACAGUGGGGCGCGUCCCAAAGAGGAGCACCCAGGGCCGGAGACUUUGGAGCUGGCACCAUUGACCUCGGUCCUGCAAGGGGGACCAUCGAGUCCAGUGCCGUUGGACUCCCCGAGCCAGGUCAUUGAGGAGGUGGAAUUGCCAUCCACCCUGAACACCUUUGAGGCCGUGAGGAACCUCAUUGCCAUGAUGGCACCACAGUCCCCAGUCCUUCGAGCCAAGCCUCCGGUACCACAAUGUCGUAGCAACGUCUUGAGGCAAACCAGCGAUGCUUCAUCCCUCAUCACUGCCAGUGGAGUCCCAGCACCGCUCGGAGUCCCAGCAUCGCUCACACUCACAGCAGUGGUCGCACUCGCAGCACCAGUCAGAGACACAGCACCGCUCCAGGUCAUGCCAGCGCUUCCAAUCACAAUGCCAAUCCUCAUGCUGAUCCCCGUUUUGCAGCAGGACCAUGGCCUGCGCAGAGGCAGAGACCAGCGCAGUGGCCAUUUUGGACCCUGUGGGUGUACCACCAGGCCCAGGGCGCCCAAUCCAAAGGUGUCCAUUCGGUGGCCUCUGAACCGCGGCUACCAGAGGCAUCAGCUAAUCGCCCCAUCCCGAGGUGUGCCAAGGAGGUACCAGUCGCACUACCUCCCCUGGAACCAACCCCAGCUCCUGAGCCUGAUCCAUGUGUGGUUGGCCCCAACAGAGAGGCAGGACAGGAGGCCCCUGGAGACCAAGAGGGUCAGGAGGACCCUGUUACCCCAUUAGCCUCCUCCUCAUCCUCCAUGGACUAGGCGGUUGCAGGCACCUCCAUCUCUGGACCACCCCCUGUAGACAGCCAUGCCCACCAGGACCUCCUUCUCAGGGUGGCGCGAAAUAUGGGCCUGCAGGCCGAGGAGGUGCUAGAGUCAGAAGGCCCAAUGGUCAACAUCCUGGCCCCGGAAGCCCCGUCACACAUGGUUCUAUCCCUCCUCAAGACUGUACAGGCCAAUGCUAAGACCAUUUGGCAGACCCCGGCCUCCAUCCCUCCCACCGUGAAGGGUGUGGAAAGGAAGCAUUUUGUACCGUCUAAGGGGUAUGAAUACCUCUUCACACAAUCACAGCCUUGCUCAUUGGUGGUGGCUGCAGUAAAUGAAAGGAGAGGCAGGGACAACAAGCCCCAGUGCCUAAGUCCAAGGACGCCAAGCGCCUAAAUUUAUUUGGGCACAAAGUGUAUUCCACGGGGGGUUACAACUCAGGAUGGCCAACCAGAGGCAAUUCUGAGUUGAUACAGCUUCAACUCCUGGAACUUGACGCUCAAGUUUAAGCAGCUGGUGCCAACUGAGUCCAGCGAGGAGUUUGGAGCAAUAGUGGAGGAGGGCAAGGCGGUGGCACGGACCUCUUUACAGGCCUCACUGGACGCUGCAGACUCAGCGGGGCUCACCUUGUCCUCCAAUAUCGCCAUGAGGCGUAGCUCAUGGCUGCAGGCCUCGGGACUCCCGCCCGAGGUUCAACAGACCACGCAGGACCUGUUUGAUGGGGCAGGUCUGUUUGUGGAGCAGACUGACUCUCAGCUGCUUAGCCCUUGAGUCUUUUAGCCUCACAUGAAGUCCUUGGGUAUGCACACCCCAGCAACCCAACACAAACAUUUCAAGCCUCAGCAGCAGUGUUCCUAUCCUUCUUGGCCAAGGCAGGACUUUUAUAGGAGAAGGGGCAGGAAUGGCAGACUCAAGCCUUCCCACUCCCCACCCGGGCAGGGCCAGGGCCCUACUAAACCAUCGUCAGGUUCAAAGCAGGCCUUUUGAAGGUUCGGCACACCAGCCACAAUUCCAGAUCCUUGAAUCGUCUGUCCCACUUCUGCCGUGCUUGGCCCCAAAUAACUUCGGACCGCUGGGUUCUCCGUAUGGUAGAAGUGGGAUAUUCUCUCCAAUUCUGCUCCUACCCUCCCUCCCACCCUCCUUCCCCAUCCCUCUUCAGGGACCCUUCUCACGAGCAACUCCUUAUCCAGGAGGUGCAGGUGCUCCUCACCAUGGGAGCGUUGGAGGAGGUUCCUUUGGGCAAGGGAUUCUAUUCCCGCUGUUUCCUAAUCCCCAAGGCCAACGGGGGUCUCAGACCCAUUCUAGACCUGUGAGGACUCAACAAGUUCAUGAUAAAGUAGAAGUUCCGCAUGGUCUCCCUGGGCACAAUUAUCCCUUCUCUGGAUCCGGGAGACUGGUACGCCUCCCUCGACAUGAAGGACGUGUACUUUCACAUAGCUAUUCGGCCUGCACAGAGACAAUUCCUACGGUUUGCGGUCGACCACAAACAUUAUAAAUUUACGGUCCUUCCAUUUGGCCUCUCAACAGCCCCCCGAGUGUUCACCAAGUGCAUAUUGGUCGUGGCUGCUUUCCUCUGUCGGAGACAGGUGCAGGUAUACCCAUACCUCGACGACUGGCUGCUCAUGGGCCGCACUGGAGGCAGGUGGAGUCUCAAGUCCAGUUGGUCAGAUCCACAUUCGAGAGACUGGGUCUCCUCCUCAACCUGAACAAGUCAACCUUGUUACUGACCCAAAGAAUAGAAUUCAUCGGGGCAGUGUUGGACUCAGUUCAAGUAAGAACGCUUUUCCCAGAGUCCCGCUUCCAAGCCAUGACGGACAUCAUUCAGGGCCUCAGGCAAUACCCGACCACCAGAGCAAGGGGAUGCCUGAGUCUCCUCGGUCACACGGCAGCCUGCACUUAUGUGACUUGGCAUGCCAGACUGAGGCUCAGGCCUCUAUAUGCAUGGCUUGCUUUGGCCUAUUGCCCGGGAUGCGACAGCCUGAAUUCAGUGAUCAUGGUGCCGGGGCAGGUGCUCGAGUCCCUUCAGUAGUGGCUCAACCCUUGGUAGGUUUGUGAAGGAGUCCCCUUCAACAGUCGUCAGCCCUCCUUGUCCCUGGUAACGGACACUCUGGGAUGGGGAACACAUUUGGGAGACCUCCAAACGCAGGGCCUUUGGUCGCAGGAUUAGCUCACCCUCCAUGUCAAUAUCAAGGAGCUGAGGGCAGUGCGACUAGCAUGCCAGACCUUUCAGGCCUGACUACGAGGUCAGUGUGUAGCAGUUCUGACAGACAACACCACUGCCAUGUUUUACCUCAACAGGCAGGAUGGAGCCCGGUCCUCUCCCCUAUGUCGGGAAGCCCUCUGGCUGUGGGAGUUUUGCAUAGCCCACUCCAUUCACCUGGAAGCGUCCUAUCUACCAGGAGUUCAGAACACACUGGCGGACCACCUCAGCAGGUCCUUCUGCAAUCACGAGUGGUCCAUCUGGCCAGAUGUCAUACACUUGGUCUUCCAAAGAUGGGGGUUUCCCCAUGUCAAUCUGUUCGCCACCCGGAGCAACAGAAAGUGCCCAAUGUUCUGCUCCUCCCAGAGAGACAGCCCAGGCUCACACGGACACAUUCCUGGUACCCUGGGGAGGCUGUCUGCUCUACACCUUUCCCCCGUUACCUCUUGUGCACAAGGCCCUACUCAAGGUCCUCAGGGACGGGGCAGAGAUAAUUCUGGUGGCACCAGUGUGGCCCCAACAACAUUGGUACACCAACUCCGGGAGCUAUCAGUGGUCGCCCCAAUGACGUUGACUCUCCUACCCAACCUGAUCACUCAGGACCACGGUCUCCUUCAUCACCCCGACCUGCAGUCCCUCCACCUCAUGGCUUGGAAGCUUCGUGGCUGAACCCCAUGGAGCUUCUGUGCUCAGAACAAGUAAGGGAGGUUCUAAUUGGCAGCAGGAAGCCCUCCACUAGAGCCACAUAUCUGACAAAAGUGGAAAAGAUUUACUUGUUGGUGUGACGAGCGUUGUACAGCCCCUGUUCAGUCACCUGUACCUCUCAUCUUAGAGUAUCUUCUGCACCUGGUAGCAUCCUCCAUAAAGGUAUAUCUUGCUGCUAUCCUGGCUUUCCACCCAGGAGCGUCUGGAUGCUCUGUCUUCGCCAGCCCUAUGGUUGGUCAGUUCCUCAAAGGUCUGGAACAGCUACAUCCCUAGAUCAGACAGCUGGUCCCCACGUGGGACCUUAACCUGGUACUCUCCAGGCUAAUGGGGGCCCCAUUUGAACCACUUACAACUUUCUCCCUUUUCUAUCUGUCGUGGAAGGUAGCCUUUCUGGUCGCAGCAAGGAGGGUGUCUGAGUUAAAGGCCCUUACCUCAGACCCACCUUAUACAGUUUCCCACAGGGAUAAAGUGCAACUCAGACCUCACCUGGCCUUUCUUCCUAAGGUUGUGUCACAUUUCCACACUAGUCAGGACAUUUUCCUGCCUGUUUUUUAUCGUAUGCCUCAUGGCAGUAGGCGUGAGCAGAGGCUGCACUCUCUGGAUGUUCGGCAAGCACUAGCCUUCUACAUCAAGCACACUAAGCUGUUCAGGAAGUUGAGCCAGUUCAUAGCAGUGGCAGACCAGAUGAAAGGACUCCUGGUCUCAUCUCAAAGAAUAUCCUCCUGGAUCACUUCAUGCAUCCACACGUGCUACGAGCCAAAAUACCUGCCCCGGCUCUUACAGCACACUCCACGAGGGCCUAGGCCUCAUCAGUGGUGUUCCUGGCCCAGGUCCCAAUACAAGAAAUCUGCAGGGCAGCAAUUUGGUCCUUGGUACAUAUGUUCACCUCUCAUUAUGCCAUUAUCCGGCAUGCCAGGGAUGAUGCAGCUUUCGGCAGAGCGGUGCUCCAAUCAGCGAUUCCAUAACUCUGACCCCAAGGCUUGGGGGUCACCUAAUUGGAAUUGAUAUGAGCAAUCACUCGAAGAAGAAGAAAAAACAGUUACUCACCUUCUCGUAACUGUUGUUCUUCUAGAUGUGUUGCUCAUGUCCAUUCCAAACCCACCCACCUUCCCCUCUGUCAGAGUAACCGCAAGAAGGAACUGAGGCGGCGCCAGAUCAGCAGGGUCAUAUAUUGAACGCCAUGAAGGCACCACUCUAGGGGGCUCCACAGCCAACCGAGUGGGUGCUGCUAGGGGAAAAACUUUCCGAUGACUGUGCAUGCAGAGUGUGCACACCUAAUUGGAGUGGAUAUGAACAACUCAUCUCAAAGAACAACAGUUACAAGAAGGUGAGUAACCAUUUUUUCUCCCUUAUCUGAGGUGGACUCAAAUGUAAAUUACAUCCUUAACUUCACUUCCCGAGGAAGGAAUUUAAUUUGGUCAGUAGGACUUUUGGAGUUUUAUUUUAUCAUCUUGAACUUUACCAGUUUUUCAUAAACCCUGUAUGCAGCGUUCCAAUCUGCUGAGUCACAGCCAUACAUGUUUUUGUGGCUUCUUCUGCAAAUACAGUAGGCAGUGUAGAAAAGUUUUAUGAACUAUUUAUGGGAAGGGUGAAGUAUGUAUCUCCAUAAAACUGGUUAGAAAAGAAACUGAACAUGGCAGAUAUUUUUAAGCCACUUUAUAAGAUUAAGAACAGGAAAAUGACAUCAUUUUCUGUAAGCCAUUUUCUUUUAUUUAAACAUAAUACUCAGAAUUUCUUUAAUACAAAGUUUUAUUGAGAUUUCCAUUAGCAAACAUGGAUAAUUCAUGUUGGCUGAAAAUCUUUUUAAAAAGAUAUAUGUACGUAUGCAUAUUUAUGUGUGUAUUCUUGGAUCAGAAAAUAAGGUUGAGAACAUUUCAGUAGAUGGAAGGCAGAGGAACUGCAGAUGAAGCAGAAGAAGAAAGAGGGAUGGAGGAAGAACUGGGUGUGUCAGAAGUUAAGAGAAAAGGUGAUAAAGGUGCAAGUUGCUUACAGUACAAGACAGAGAGGAAUCAAUGAAGAGGAAACCAAAUAUUGAAAUAAAGACGUGAUCAUGGUAGUCAGCUGGGAAGAGCCACAGAACAUGGAACUGAUAAUCGUAUGUCCUAUACAUUGCUGAGGAGAAAGCUCAAAAGGGAAGUGAGAAAUGUUUAAAUUACAUAGUGUAUAUUGAAAAUUUGCUCUCUACUUUAUUCCAGGCCAUCAUGUACAAUUUUGGUUUUAUUUGAUUUCCUGUGAAGUGUAUCAUACAGUGUCAUCCUUUGCAGAGAGGUGGGUUUUUUUCUUCCCACCCUCCCUGCCUAUGCAAAGCUUAAAGAAGCAUGAAUAUGUUUUCCCUGUGAUCUUCAUUUUGUGUUAGCUGCCUCCCUGAAUUCACAAUCAUGAAUUUCCUCAGGGCUCUUGAGUCUUUUUAUUUGAUCUCUGCUCUCUGUCUGCCUCUGGUGUGCCCCAGAAAGCACAUGGUAGCAGCACUGUGAUAGAAUGCACCCCUAUAUUCACACUCUACACACGAUUGUUAUAAUCUUCAUACCAAAUAUGCCUUGUGAGGUUUCAUUUGAAAACUUAAUAACUUUCUGGUCAAUAAUAUCAUGGUGAAAUGUAUCUAGCAAUAUAUGUAAAGUUAUAAAUUGCUCCUGAAUGAUGAUGGUGGCGCAUGUUCAAACACACAUAGCCCCAGUUAGGCAGAACUGGCCAAGCAGGUCUUAAAGGAAUGUGGGUUUACUUCAGUUUACGUAUAAGUUGUAAACAGGGUCCUCAGACAGUGAGGGAGGGAAGACAGGAGACAAGAAAAAUCUUCAUUUUUGCAAACAGACGUUAGAAGAAACAGCAUGGAACCGCUUUCGCUACUAGACACCAUGUUGCCUCCUUUACUGUUUGAAUAAACUUGACUUUGAGGGGUAACCUAGAAGAAAAUGCAUCUCAAAGGGGGACUGGACUAUGAGAGCGAGGGGGCAAAAACACCUCAAGUUCUCUCUCCCUAACCAUCUCUUUUUUCACCUAAGACGACAAAGAGAAACAGCUGUUGGACUUUGGGAGUAGAUCCUGGCCUGAGAGUUUGGUCAGCAGUGUUACUGGGAACAAGGUGAAGUCCCUUACCACAAGUCCAGCUUGUUAAGUUUAGGAAGCAUUCUAUCUUUCUUUUUCUUGUAACCAUUUCUGACUUUAAUGCAUCAUUACUUGUACUCACUUAAAAUCUAUCUCUUUGUGAGUAAAUAAAUGUGCUUUAUUCUUUAAUCAAAA